GCAGACCGUGGUCAUGAGGAGUCUGGGCUUUUGCCAGUCUGAUCCAGUGUAUGAAAAGCAAAGAUGAAGAUAACGAGUAUGAGUCUGAUGAAAUGGGUGAAACAGAAGAUAAACUAGAAGUACUUGAAAAUGAGAAUGCUGGAGAUUCUGAAAUUAAAAGCACAAGAAGUCUCAGCAGGAGAUCGAGACGACGGCGAUCUACAGCUAGAGGUUCCAGACGAUCAAUAAAGAAGAAACAAAAGGAGGGAGAAGUGCAAAUGCUUUUUAAAAGCAUUCAAAUGAGUGAAGAGGAAAAUCUCCCUGAGGCAUCACUUUGUAGAAUAUUAUCUCUAAAUAAAAAAGUGUGGCCCUACAUAAUUGUUGGACUGCUGGCUUCUUUAAUUGAUGGAGUCGUGUAUCCAUGUUUUGGGAUAAUAUUUGCAAAGAUUAUUGGAGUAAGUAUAUUUCUAAUCAGUUAGAUUAU